GUGCCCCCGCGAGCGCGCCGAGGCGCAGGACGCAGCUGCUGCUGCUGCCGCCUCCGCCUCCGGCAGCCUGGCUGGCACCCCGCUGUCCACCCCGCUACGCAAGCAGGUGUCCUGGAGUCCGGGCGGCCCGCAGGUGUUCCUGGUUCCCGGCAGCCGGGAGCAACGGGGCACCGACCUGCAGGAGGCGCUGCGGGGCAGGGAGCCGUUCUUCAGGCCCGCAAAGGCGCAAGGCGCGUCCUUCAUCAUCCAGGCCCAACUGGACCCAACCGACUGCGAUGCCAUGCAUCUGCAGCUCCUGCCCGCCUCCACCUGCAGCAGGGCCCCGCAGCUGCUGCUAGCAGCCGCCGCAGCCGCAGCCGCCAGCAGUGGUCCCGGAGCCGCAUCUGGAGGCGCAGCAGCAGCAGGCACUCCGCCCCUGCUCAUGAGCCCUGUCCCCAUGAGCCCCGUGCUGGCCACCAUCCUCAGCAGCAGCCCCAGAAGCAGCGGCAGCCCCCUCAGAGCCAGCGGCAGCGCGUUGGGUAGCGGCCGUGUUGGCGGCAGCAGUGGCGGCAGCAGUGGGCCAACUCGUUUGACGGGCAGUUCGAGCAGCGGAGGGGGAGCAGGAGGAGGAGGAGGCGGGGCGGCAGCAGUGGGGCCGUUUUUGGAGCGAGGGCUGUCGCUGGGGCGGCUGGAUGUGGGGCUGGCCUGGCGCGGCGGCGCGGUGCGGGAGCAGGCGCGGCGAGUGAAGGCGGCGGCGCAGCUGGUGAUGGAUUGUACGGCAGAUCUCAUGACUGCGCCCGAAGGUGUACGACAUGCGAUGGACAUGCUGGCGGGCGGCCUCGAGCUGGCGGAGGCGCCGCCGUCCAGUACGGCAAGCGGCGACGGCAAGGUCCGUUUGCUGCUGCGCGGCAGAUACCCCGCUGGUGUGCUGUCGGUGGAGGCGGCGGCACGCCUGGUGAAAGCUGACGACGACCAUGAACCGCCGGCGUCGGCGUCGGUCGCUGCUUCCGUCGCGACGACGGCGGCGGCAUCCUCUCCG